CCAUAACUCGGCUGCAGCCUGAGAAGAGCCACACACACACACACUCAGGCCCAGAAUACUGCCCAAAAUAUUUGGAAAAAAUAGGAACAACUCAUUUAAAGGCCCGAUCGCGGGGCGAACGGAUCCAGGAGCGGUGGGUGGGUUUCUCCCACGGUGGCUUUGGAGGUCCGGUCCGGGAUGGAAGGCUACCGGGAUCCAUGUGAAAUUGACUAAUGCGGUGCUGGAAACUUUUUGGACAGUGAAGAUGCAGCGCAAUAUUUCCCACUCACCGCCAACCAUAGCUGUUGGGACCGGGUGAGAAGCUGAGAGGAGCCACCACCAGCAAGUGCAACUUAUGUGAGCGAGUGGCAGGAAGAGGGGUUCUGACAGAUUCUAUGUUCCUUGAUGUCCCAGCGAAAUAACAUCUGUGAGCCACUGACCUCCCUCGACCAAGGAGCAUCCCGACAAAGUACGCGCGUUUAGCCUGCAGUGCAGGGGAGCUACAGGUGGAUUUUCAUGGCAGCGGCACUCUAGGGCUGCCAUGGCAGCUGCUGCCGCCGAUGCCUCACACCGUAUUACCGCACUGACGCUGGAGGAAGAGGGAAGACGGACCGCCGGAAAGCUGUUUGGGAACACUGCCCCGCUGCCACGCACAGGGUUAGAGAAAGAGCGAGAGAGGGGAGAAGGAGCAGAAGAGGAGGAGAGAGCAAGAGGGAACGAGUGUUUGGUGUGCGGGGCACUGUUUGCCACCCAGGAGAAGCUCCGGCUUCACGCGCUGAGCCACACAGGAGAGAAACCCUUUCACUGCUCACAGCCACACUGUCUCAAGGCCUUCAGCUCCAAAUACAAGCUCUUCAGGCAUAUGGCCACACACUCUCCACAGAAGACCCAUCAGUGCUCGUUCUGUGAGAAGAUGUUCCACCGGAAAGACCACCUGAAGAACCACCUGCAGACUCAUGACCCUAACAAGGAGGCUUUCAAGUGUGAGGAGUGUGGGAAGCACUACAACACCAAGCUUGGAUACAAGCGCCAUGUGGCGAUGCACUCCGCGACAGCUGGCGACCUGACCUGUAAAGUGUGCAUGCAGAGCUAUGAGAGCACACCGGUUCUCCUGGAGCACCUCAAGAGCCACUCCGGCAAGUCCUCAGGUGGAGCAAAGGAGAAGAAACACCCAUGUGACCACUGUGACCGACGUUUCUACACGCGAAAGGAUGUGAGAAGACACAUGGUGGUGCACACAGGCCGGAAGGACUUCCUGUGCCAGUAUUGUGCCCAGCGCUUCGGCAGGAAGGAUCACCUGACACGCCAUGUGAAAAAGAGCCACUCGCAGGAGCUGCUGAAAAUUAAGACUGAGCCUCCGGACAUGUUAGGUCUUUUAGCCACAGGAUCGCCACCCUGCUCUGUGAAGGAGGAGCUGAGCCCCAUGAUGUGUGGCAUAGGUACCAAUAAAGACCCCAUGAUGGGUAAAGCUUUCCCUAGUGGUACACCAUUUUCCAUGGGCAUGUACAACCCCCACCAUCUCCAGGCCAUGACAAAUUCUGGGGUGGCUCACCCACACCUGACCCUGAUGCCCGGCUCUCUGUCAGCGGCGAUGGGCAUGGGAUGUCACAUGGACUCACCGGGUCCACUGCACCCACACUCCCAUCACCACCACCACCACCAUCAUCAUCACCAUCACCAUCAUUCGCCGCCUCUGGCCCCCCAUCACCAGCCCUCUGCUCCCCAGCAGCAGCACCAGCACCAGUCUGCCUCGAAAUAUCCGCUGGGAUCUACCUCAUACCUACUGGACAAGCCCUUGAAAGUGGAGAUGGAGAGCUUCCUCAUGGAUUUGCAGAGUGGUCUGCCUGGUCCAGUUCCCUCUGUCGAGCCCCAUGCCGCCCCUUCGCCCCCCAAGGAUGGACUGGAGCCCACUACGGGCUUGACCGACGAGCUUUGUGGAGACACCCUCCUGUCCAAGAGCCCCGCGAUGAUCGCUGAGUCUCUGUGUGCUGCUAACAUGGACUUGUUGGACUCCCACCUGUUGGGGUUCCUUCCCCUCAACCUUCCUCCUUACAGCGCCCCCAUGAGCACAGGGGGGCUGGUCAUGGGCUACACCUCAUCUGCAACCUCCUCGUCUUCCUCCUCCUCAUCUCUGCAUGCUGUUGAGCCUCAAGCCGCAGCGGUCACGGCAGCGGCAGUUGCUGCAGCACCUCUUACCUCUUUGCAACCACAACCUCAGGAGCAACAGAGCUCCAGCGGGGGCCUGGGCCUCGGACCCCUGCACCCUCUCCCACCAGUGUUUAGCUCCAGCCUCAGUGCCACCACGCUGCCUCGUUUUCACCAGGCCUUCCAGUGAGAACCAUGUUGAGCUGUAGACUUCGCGUAGCUUGUUCCGUUCAAAUAAAAAGAGACACUCAGCCUUAAAUAAAAGCACUUAAAUGCUUUUGAGCCUUAAAUGGAAGUAAAAUCCCUUCAAGCAAAAAAAAGUCAAGGGCUAGAUAAUCUUUUAUUUGGGCUUUUCUCCUAUCCUAUAGAUAUACGCGUUUAUUAACCCCCAUUUACGUCCCCUUAUUUCCUCCUUUUAUCGCCCAUGUAGUAGUAUAGAGCGCAGCAUCAGUAGGCCAAAAGGCGUGGUACUGCAUACUUUCUAAAGUAAUAAUGUAUCAAAGAUAAAUUUUUUGUGAUGACCUGUCUUGUUGUGACCCCGCAAAAUAUGGUUUGAAGUGAAUUUUUUUUCCUCCAAAUUCAAAAAAGAUAUGUCUCAUCUUGAGUUUGAAGCAGGAGCUUAGUGGAGAAUGAGAGAGGGAAAGAGAGAUUAGAGACUCAUAACUCAGACCUAUUUGGAACCCUGCGAUUGACAGCAACAUUUUCAUUCACCCUUAUACAUCUCCUCUUAAAGCCCACAUGCUCCUAGAGCAGGCAAACACCUCCUCCUUCUCACAGUCCAGUUUUAUUGACAGGAACGUGCUCGUUCACUCACACCAUGCUGGCUUUUUUUUUUAAUCCUCAAGAGAAGCACUUUUUUUUUUCUUUAGCAGAAGGCACUUCACCCUAACACCCGCACCCCUGCCCCAUCUUUGUUUUUCUUUCUAAGAAAUCUCGAGUCAACUUUAAAUUUUAAAAACACUGUCGGUUUGUCAAUUGAUCAAUAGUUAAGAUCAGUCAGAGAAUUUCAUAAAUUUCAAGCAGAAGAGUUGAAUACAAGGGUCAAUAAAUGUAUCCACAACCCUGUGUAUUUUUAAGCCCACGUGAUAACUAUGAGAGGAAACAAACCACAGUCACAUCUUAGAACGUCUUUGACGAAAGAGGCAUGAUGAACCCUGACAUAUGUGAAUGGCUACAACAAAAUAUUUACAGUGAUGAAUGAGGAAAAACGUGUUUAAGAAUGUUAUUGCAGUGUACGAAAUAUCUCAGAAAUGAAUAUUAUAAUUGCUUUUAUCUCAUUUAAGGUGUAUUUUAGGUAUUAAAACUAAGUAAUGUUUUUUUUUAAAUGUCUGGCAGGUUUACAUUUGUGUGUAUCUUGCUUUUAUUUUUUUUUUGAUGGAAAAAUGGAUGAAGUAUUAGCUUUCAAUGUCAGAUCUGAUCUUACCUGUUUAUGUACUUGAGUUUGUGUAGUGGAAACAGAACUGUGGAUGGGGUGUGCGCGCUGGGAAACUGUCAGUCAGCAUUUCGGCUCCAUGGACAGUGAGGUGGUGAUGCAGUGUUGUCCUCUGCUCCAUGAUUUGGUCACAGUGUUUGAAAGUUUAGAAUCUUCACGACGCCACCACAAACAUGAGCCCAAAGUAAAACCCGAAGCCUCAAGUGAAGUACCGCAUGUUCGGUCAAUAUACCAGCUGAUAGAAACAUCACACGUGAUGUAACCAUCAGAAACGGAACGAUAAUUACAGCACAUACAAAUCGCUGCUUCGUAGCUACGGUUGCAGACAGAGCUGUAGACCACUUCGAUUUCAUAUUUUACAGAGCUGAAACAGCACAAAUCCAUCAUCAGAGUGUUCACCCGACCCCUAAAACCGCUUCCUCCCUCUUUCAGCUGCUUCACAGAUAAAGGCUCUGAACACACAGCGGCGUGGGGGCGUCGCUCCUAUAGUCGAACAUUUGUCUAGUUUGUUGUUGUAUGGUGUAUUAUUUUCUGUUUGUACAAAGGACCUCGUUAAAAAAAACAACACAACACAUCACCUCAUUUUUUUCUUACCAAAACCUGGGGAGAAGAAACUACAUUUUUGCACAAUUGCUUUAAAUAAUAGUGAAUUUCAUACUGUAGGCUUAGUAUUUCCCCACAUAUACAUCGGCGACCUUCCCUGGAUUGUCAAACAGGUUUCCCAGACUGAACUCUGAAUGUUGCUGGCUUCUAAAGCCGUCAAACAUCAACAGAAACUAGCACCUUCGAUAGACGUGAUGUACAGCGAAACAGAUUCUAAUUUGAACUUUUCUUACGCGCUUCAAAAGGCUGUUUUGAAGAAUAAAAAAACUUGGCUUUAGCCAAAUUUGUAGCAAUCAAAUUGACUAUUCUAUUUUUUUUUGUAACAAUUAUUUUGAUGUCAGACUAAAAAGAAAAGCGACAUCCAUGGAAAAGCUUUUGGCAUGUAUUAAGUUUGUCCUCCCUGGGUUUCUGUGAGCUAAUCUGAAUUCUAGCACUUUCAAACUUUAAAAAGAGUAUUUCAGCUUCUAUGGUUUUUGUAUUGAUCCUGUUUGUGUAUGUGCCAUUAGUUUGUUGUUUAGAUUUUUAUCAACCUUGUGUACUUCUCUUCUCCAACAGAAUAACAGUAUUUUUGAUAGACGUUUCACUAAUAACCUCUUCCGUACUUAUCUCAAAGUUUUAUUUUCCUAUCAAUAUAGUGACAUGAUUAUAAUUGAACUCUACAGCCAAGAGGACAGCAGCAACACGGCAAACCUUCAACAAAGCACUUCACAUCGGUUGCUAAAAUGCGCAUCCAUUUUUAUAACUAGCAGUUUGAUGGGAAUAGAUUAUGAACAGAUUAAUUUGACUUUUAUGCUGUUUUGUGGACAAUAGAAAGAUACAUGAGAUUGGAUUUCAUGAAAAUUAUUAAGCAUAUUCUGCGGUAAAACACAGAAAUAUUAAAUUAUUAAGGACUUAUUUUCCACCGCAUGUUACUGACCGUCUGUAUCAUUGGAUUUCCAAACCUGUCACAGCUCGACCUCUGACCGCUGAAUGUUGCUAGUCUGCUUGGCUGUAGCUCCAUUACCUCGACCUGCGCCUACUAGGGAUGCACUUAUCCUCACCUCCUCCUCUGUACUAGUAGGUGCAGAAGACGUUUUAAGGGAAUUUCUUCUGGCUGGAUUGACCUCAAAUGAACUGAUGUGAUUCGAAUACUGCUUCCUCAACCUUUUUUUUUUGCUCUUACUAAGAACCUGUCUGGCGCAGAUGACAUCCACAUGUAGAUGAUAUAUAUUUCUAGCUUAAUGUAAGUCUUGCAUUCCAACCUCUUUGUGUAUCUUGUUUUUAGUGUCAUAGCCCAUUUUAUUUUCUAUCACUUGCUAUUACAGCCACCUCUGCAACAAGAAAUAUGAUGAAUAAAAAGGUGAAUAGAUAAUUCAGUUACACUAUAUUUUAUAUAGCUCGGAGUUUUAUCAACUACAGGGAGAAUUAUAUAAGUGAUGUGCUUCUGAGAAGGAGGGCGAUUCUAUUUUAUUUUUUUUUUGUUACAUAUCUCACAUGCAAUCAGUUGCUGCAGAUGUCAAAGUGACAGAUUUGUAUAUUGGUUGAUCCAAAGAGAUGAUGAUCACAACAACAGAACUAUUGUACAGUUCAAGUGUAUCUUUCAGUUGUCAUGUGUUAUGUUGAAAUGAUUAAAAGACAAA